AUGCCUACACUCAAAACAGACAAGGAAAAAGACAAGGGUACUGCCGAAUCAAAGGUUGCUAAAGCAACUUGGUUACAGAAAUAUUCUAUUGUCAAGGCUUGGAUCUAUGGCAUGCUUUCUACAUCUCUUCUCAACAUGAUUUUCAAAAAACAAUCCACCACUUAUGAUAUGUGGACAACCCUAGAAAAAGUCUUCCGUGAUAACAAAGCCUCCAAUGUUACCCAGAUCGAUUGUGACCUCCGAAACAAUUCCCUUGGUAAUUCCUCUAUCUCCGAUUAUUGCAAUAAAAUCAAGUCUCUUGUUGAUCGUCUUGAACACAUGGAUUCUCCGAUGCAUGAAGCGAAUUUAGUUACCUACAUGAUCAAUGGACUGCCACAAAAAUAUAGGUAUAUUGCUAUUAACAUCAGUAACAGAGACACAACUUUAUCGUUUUCGGAUGCAUGA